AUGCGUCCGCUCCUGCUGCUUAUAAUUGCGACUCUGUGUUUGCUCUUAGCAACUUGUGGGGAUGCCUCCUCCGUCCCUGUUCGUGCGCUGUCGACCGAGCACACCGUUAAUGAGAUCGGCCCCCAGCACACCGUUUCUGAGAAAAGCCGUCUGCGCGGGGACAACAACAAGAUGACCACGGGAGGCUUCAAUGCUUACGACGAAGAGCGAUCGGUUAGAGCUGGUUUGAACGAGGUGGCGGGUUCGAUGAAGAAGGUUUGGGCCACCCUUGUUGAGCGUUUGUACAAGAUCUGGCUGAAAAUUACUGGUCGACCGACGAAAGUAGUCUACACUUAG